AUGUCGUUAAAAGUGCGCAACAUUCGUCUACCUCAGGAGUCGUCGUCAGAGCCGACCUCGAGACGGAAGGAACAAGAACAACCAACGAACAACAAGCAGAAGGAAGAGAACGAAGGCGGCGGCGACGAUUUUGACUACGACGAGCUCGCCAUGUGGAAUCCCUAUCUCUACUCACUACAGCAAAAGGCUCCCAAGCCUCGUCCCGUCGCGUGUAAACCGCCUCUCCUGACCAGACCGUCACAAUAUGGGUCUGAAUACCAUGGAAGUGUCUCCCGUUCGGAUGCGAGCGCGCUGCUCGUCGAGAGCGGCUCCUACCUCGUGCGCACGAGUUACACAUCACCCGGCGACUUCAGCCUCUCGCUCAACUUCGAGGGCCGCGUGAAGCACUUCAAACUCUACCACGACGACGAGAACGGCCUACACUAUGUCGGUGAGAAGCGUUUCGACACGAUGCACGACCUGGUGAAGGACGGACUGAUUACGUAUUACAUCGAGGCUCACGCUCAGUCAUACAUCGAGCAGUUGCCGGAGGAGGGACUGAAGUACACGAAAAAUCCGAGACUCAGAGCGCGCCCUCCUAAGGCUUCUGUCAUUGAUCAUUUCAAUGGUGAAAGUGGCGGUGAUGGAGAGUUGUAUCACGAAGCGGGUGUUGUGUUUCGACGUUCGUUGAGAGAGAAUUCGAAACAGGCGGCGACGGAAGGUAAUCAGAGUGUCGAAGUUUCGCGUCCGGCGUCGGCGUUCGUGCACCCGACGCGACGGAUGCGCAUUCUAGUCGCCGCCGACAACCCGGCGUUAUACGAGAAGGCGCAUGUUUUCAAGGUGAGCACGUUUCACGGGCCGAAUUGGUGCUAUUUCUGUCGGAAUUUCAUGUGGGGGUGGAGACAGCAGGGAGUGCGGUGCGCUGACUGCGCAUUUCAGUGCCACAAAGGGUGUUCUGCGCAUGCGCUGAAAGAUUGUCAGCCUGAUCGAAGGAGACUGAAGCGACUGUUUGGUGCCGAUUUGACUACAGUUGCGAAAGCAUAUGGCAUGAGGUAUCCGGUCGUGUUAGAGAAAUGUAUCACAGAGAUUGAGUCACGUGGUCUCGACUCCGAAGGUCUAUACAGAGUCCCCGGCUUCGCCGACGAUGUCGUCUCGAUCAAGCAUGCGUUCGAUAAGGACGGUGCAACGGCUGACGUAUCGUCGGAUCGAUAUCCAGAUAUCAACACGAUCGCUUGCGUUCUCAAGCAAUAUCUCCGAGAACUCCCGAUCCCCCUGAUUCCGUUCGAAGAAUACCAAGCGUUUAUCGACGCGAUGCGAUUAGAAACCUGUGCAACACAGUUGUACGCCUUGAAGUUGGCCAUACAUAGACUCAGUAAGCCUCAUUUUAAUUCGCUUCGCUUUCUCAUCGAGCAUCUCGAUCGUGUGAGUCAGCACAGCGACAAGAACCUCAUGACUAUGAAUAACUUGGGUCUCGUGUUCGGGCCCACGGUGAUGCGUCCUGGUAAUACGAUCAUAGCGCACGGCACCGCGGCGCUCGUCGAACUGCCACUCCAGAAGAAAGCAGUCACGAUGAUGCUGGAACACAGGGAAUUUAUUUUCAAAGAGUAA